UGUAGUUGAUGCAUCUCUAAGCUCUUUUACAUACUUUUAAGGCAUACGUCCAGAACGAAGAAGACAUCCCGCAUAUGCUGCUAACCACGCUCCAGUUCAACCAGAUGCCGGAAGGGUACGCUGGGAAGAUCUACAUCACCGUCCAGAGCAUCGCAAACGAUCCGCUAGUUCGAACGGUUGACAAAAGUGUGCGGCGGUGCGUUUUCCCCGACGAAGGGACCGACCACCGGUACGCCAAGUACAGCUACAGUGUGUGCGUGACGGAGUGUCUGAAGACGGCGCAGAUCAAAACGUGCAACUGUUGCCACCAUAACAUGCUGCUUGGAAAGAACGAUAGAAGUCCCGUCUGCGGGUACGAUGGGCUAAACUGUCUCGACCAGCGCGAUCUGAUGUUUCCUCAGACGACCAUCAUGCAGCCGUGGCGCACGAACGGGCUGGUGUGCGAUUGCUUCCCUUCCUGUACCGAGCACGAGAUACGUAUCAUAGGACGCGAAACGGACAUGGAAGCACGGACCGGACGCUCGGUACUGAUCAAGAUUAUGAGCCUACCGUCGCAGCGCUACCGGCGCCAGAUCGUGCGCGAAGACAUCGAUGUGGUCGUGUCGAUCGGUGGCAUAUUGGGGCUGUUUACCGGGGCGAGUAUUCUGAGCUUGGUGGAGUUUAUCUACUUCUUUACGGUGCGGUUCGGGUCGUACGUGGUGACCGAAAUUAAGGAGGAAGAAAGUGCCGAUGAUGAGUCGGAUGAGCAUGACAAACAGGACAAUCGGAAGGCAUUGCAGCAUGGUUAAAAUCUAACUGGAUUUUGAAUUUCAAUAGAUGUGAUUUAGACAAGUUUUAAUGCUUGGUUGUUACCAUUCGCUUGAGGUUUUAUAGGAAUUUGGAGUGUGACCUGCAAAUCGCUUUUUGGGAUAUGCUUUUUUCCUUUAUUUUUGGAUUUUUUACAAAGCUGCAGUGGGGUCUUAAGCUCAGAAUUCAGGUCUGAAGAUAGUUCCAAGGGGCCUGUAUAAGACACGUGCUACAAUCUAGCUCCGAGAUAGAGUCCUAGUUCCAAAGCCUGGAUAUCUUUGGAAGUUUGGAGAAAGUUUGAAAGGAUUAUCAGGUCUCGCAUAGGGACCCUGGAGAACAUCCAGUUCCAUGAUUUCCCCAUUUUCCGCUUGUGUACGCCUCAGAGUUUACAGACACAUCAGAAUUACACUUCAAAGUCCUAACACCUGCCCACAAGCACUAGUUUAAUACAAAUUCUUCAUAUUUGCUGCAAGUUUUGCAAAAAAAACCCCGAAGUACUUAAAUUCAGAAAGAAAGUAACUCCUCGCUACCCCUCCUUCCAACAUACCAAGCUCCUACCAGCUCUGUCCCCUCUCCAAAC